UGGACCGGAUCGAGCGCCAAGAACGAAAUAAAAAGGAGCAGCUGGAGCAGAUUCAGUCACUCUUUUCCCUCCACUGUAUAGGUGUCGCAGCUUCUUUUAUUUAUUUUAUCUUCUCUUCUUUUUAAUUUUUUUAAAAAAACUCUCGUUACCUCCUUGUGUUUUUACAUUAAGAGCCGCUUUGUAGUCUAUUUUGUUUUGCUUUAAACGUAACAAUGCUGUCCACUCGCUCACCUCUCAAAAGCAAGAAUGAAAACGUUGUUUCCACUAAGCUGGGGAGCAUGUCUCUGGGAGAUAAAGAAAACACGCCUCCAAGUUUGAACUCGACACGAAUUCUGGCCUCCAAAACGGCGCGUAAAAUCUUCGAGGACUCUGAGGAAAAGCCAAAAGCCAAGAAUGCAAGUGUAGAGGAAGAGCCUCUCCUGAAGGAAAAUCCACGUCGCUUUGUCAUCUUCCCCAUUCAGUACCAUGACAUCUGGCAGAUGUACAAGAAGGCUGAGGCCUCUUUCUGGACAGCUGAAGAGGUUGACCUCUCCAAAGACCUCCAGCACUGGGAGUCCCUGAAAGAUGAGGAACGAUAUUUCAUUUCUCAUGUGUUGGCGUUCUUUGCUGCAAGUGAUGGCAUUGUCAAUGAAAAUCUCGUGGAGCGCUUCACUCAGGAAGUCCAAGUGACUGAGGCACGCUGUUUUUAUGGUUUCCAAAUCGCCAUGGAGAACAUUCAUUCUGAGAUGUACAGCCUGCUUAUUGACACGUAUAUCAAGGAUCCAAAUGAGAGAGAGUACCUCUUCAAUGCUAUUGAGACUCUUCCUUGUGUGAAGAAGAAGGCUGACUGGGCCCUCAAUUGGAUUGGCAACAAAGAUGCACAGUAUGGUGAGCGAGUGGUGGCCUUUGCUGCUGUAGAGGGAAUCUUCUUCUCUGGUUCUUUUGCUUCAAUUUUCUGGCUAAAGAAGAGGGGCCUUAUGCCAGGCCUCACCUUCUCCAAUGAACUCAUCAGCAGAGAUGAGGGUCUUCACUGUGACUUUGCCUGUUUAAUGUUCAAGCACUUGGUGAACAAGCCUUCAGAAGCAACAGUCACGAGAAUCAUUAAGAAUGCAGUUCAGAUUGAGCAGGAGUUCCUGACCCAGGCUCUGCCAGUUAAACUGAUUGGCAUGAACUGUGACUUGAUGAAGCAGUACAUUGAAUUUGUGGCUGACAGGCUGAUGUUGGAGCUGGGCUUCAGCAAGAUCUAUAGAGUAGAAAACCCAUUUGACUUCAUGGAGAACAUUUCCUUGGAGGGAAAGACCAAUUUCUUUGAGAAGCGAGUGGGAGAGUACCAGCGCAUGGGCGUUAUGUCUGGGCCCACAGACAACACCUUCCGGCUUGAUGCUGACUUUUAAACUGAGUAACUGGACAUUUGUAAACAUUAACACUUGAAGAGGUGGUGCUCCCUUGAUUGCCUCCAUAUUUUGCUCCCAACGUUGUCACUCAGCAGGACUGUAAAAUGGUGCAAAAAUCUAAUGUACAUUGUUGCUGUAUGAUUUAUUUUUUUUAAUCUUUUGUACCUAAAUUCAGUUAAGCCCAUUUGUUUUUACUUGAAUUGUAAAUGUGUGUUUGUUUUGUUUUCUAAAGGGCUUGAGCAGUUGGGAAGGGAUUAUUUAUAGCUUGCACAAAUGCCAUAUUUACUGCUUUGAUGUACAAAUUGCUUCUGCUUUCCCUUAAAACCCCAGUCCUGUUCCUUUACCUAACUGCUUUCCUCUGAAUGCUAUUGAAUGUAAAUAAAAUUCUGAUAAAUAAGAA